UACGUCCGCCUAGCAGGCUAGCUUCUCGGCUAACAUCUGUAUACGGGUUUGUUUCCUAAAUUAAACUAUAAAUGCCAUUAAAAAAAGCAAGACCCUUGCAGCUGCUCCAGGGAGAAGUUGACCAACUUCAAAGACAGGCUGACAGUUUGAUGAAGGAUGCUCAAAGUCAGGUUGGAUCCAGUGAAGAUGCAUUUCGAAGGUGUCAAGACCUUCAGAUGUCUGCACACAAGACACUAAAAGCACUACAGAAGUUGACAAAGGCUGAUGAGCCAGCCCUGGUGAGGAACUAUGAUCAGAGGAAACAGGAAGAGGAGAGACGACUGGAAAACAUCUUAGAGCGUUUGAACAAACUCUCUAUGGAGCUUUCACCACCAGGACCCAGCACUGGCCUAGGGGAAAUUUCAAAGGAAGAAAGUCAAGAUAGUGUUGACGAAGACAAUGAUGAAGACGGCACCGAUGAUGAUGAUGAUGAUUAUGAAGAUGAAGAAAGGACAAGCGCUGUAAAGCCACCAUCUCAGUCUGGUCCCCAAAUCUACACCAUCCUCUGUGAUUUCAAAGGAGAGCAAGAAGGAGAUCUGUCUGUUCGGCGAGGGGAAGUGUUAAGGAUAAUCAGGAAGACAGCAGAUGGAUGGUGGAUGGCUCAGGACAUGAAAGGCAACAGAGGAGUGGUUCCAAAAACCUACCUGAAGGUUGGCUCUGGUGUUGAUGAUGAAAACGAUGAAGAGGAUGAUGAUGAGGAAGAGGAUGAUGACGAUGAUGAUGAAGAAGAUGAAGAUGAGGAGUCAGAAGAAGAAGAAGAUGAAGAAGAAGAAGAUGAAGAGGGGGAAGAGUCUACUGAUGAUCAAACUAAACACAGCAGUGCCUCAAACUGGUCGACUGUCAGAAAGGCUCUGAAUGAGAUUGAUGCAACAGACGUGCUCUCAGCUAUGGGGGCUAUACCUCCAGGAUUUAGACCGUCGACUCUCAGUAAACUGCUGGAUGAAGAUGCAACAUACAAAGGAGGUCAUCAUAUUCAGCCCGAGCUCAGCCAAUCCCAGCUCUCCUUUAAAGACCUCUUUCUGGACCCGGACACUGGCAGGGUCCGUGCUCGCCAGGUCAGGACUUGUGUGUGUUUCACUUUGUGGAGCUGCAGGCAUAUUCCCACUCCAGGGGUUGGAGUUCAGGUUCUCAGCAGACACAUCCGUCUCUGUGCUUUUGAUGGAUCUCAGGUGUUAAGUAACAUCCACACAGUGAGGGCAGACUACAAUCCCAAGAGCCCCAAGAGCUGGAGCUUCUCUCCAAGGAUCACCGGUGUGCUGCCCACCCUCCUUGAUGGUAGCUGUUUCCUACGCUGCAACUCUUCCUCUCCUAACCUUGGAAUCCUCUUUGAACUUGGAGUCACCUUUAUACGCAAUUCAACGGGGGAGAGAGGAGACCUGAGCUGCGGCUGGGCGUUCCUCAAAUUAACUGAUGACGCUGGAAAUCCACUGUCAAACAGGAUGUACGAGCUGCCGGUGAACGGUGGCACUCCUUACGAGAAGGAUGUGACGUUGGAGGUAACACUCCCUAGAAGAUCUGCUGGUGGUGUUUUCCAGCAGAUGCUCCAGACCAGACGACAGCCCAAACUGAUUGUGAGGCUAAAAUCAGCCAACAGCAAGACAAGAACACAGCUCAGUCUCCUUCCAGACACUCUGUUGUUCUGUCUGAGCUGCAUCCACCUGCUGGUUCUGCACCAGCAGCUGCUGGCUGACAAACUGCUGAUGGACAGGCCCACCAUGCAGAAUACAGAUCUGAUAUGCAGUCCGAUACUUUCAACCUUCCCUGUGCUGCUGGAGCAGACAGACCUGCUGGAUGCUCUCAGGACUGCCUGGACGGAGGCUGAGAUGAACAUGAGCAGAGCACAGAAGCGAGACCCGCCGUAUUUGAAGCAGGAGUUUGUCAAAGUUUACAUGUCGUCCGUAUAUUUCCUUCUUCACUCGCCGUCGUUGCCCUGUCACCGCUGGGCGGACCGGGGCUCGGAGGAGCAGCGGGCUAGAGUCAUCUACUCCACAUUAGAUACUCUCAAAAACUACCACCAAACCACGGGCCAGCGCGCAGGGCCGGACAUCUUUUUUGACUCAACGCAUCCACAUCUCGCGUUUGAUGUCACAGAGCUGAGCUUUGAUCUCUUGCAUGUAUCACGGUGACGAUGACAUCAUCCAUCAGAACAAAUGUGCCUUUUGAUUUUAGUUAUUUUUCCUCAUGGUCGGUUCUGAUUAGAAAUAAAUAAAUGCACAUAUUUAAACACUGGCAGUCAAAAGUUUGCUGCAGGUCAUGGAUCCUAUUAGUAGAGCCCACAAUGCUCCUCUUUUUAAAGUUGGGAUAAAAGUAACAUUCAUCUUUUUUUAUAUGAAAUUUGUAAUAAAACGUUGACUUGUCGAAACGUGUUCACA